AUUCUCUCGAAUUGCAAAUUCUGGAAAUCCAAGAAGAAAAACAUGGUGGAAUUCGAGUGGAUCUUUGUUGUACAGGAAGUGUUGAAGAAGACGGUGAAGCUGGCAGCCGAGCAGGGCGACCUGGCCUGGGGAUUCAAGGACGAACUCUCGAAAAUGAAGGACUCUUUACUCAUGGCACAAGCCAUCCCAAGGGAUGUUGAAAAAAUGAGGGUAGACCUUGACUCCUUAAAGCUAUGGGUGAAGAAGCUUGAAGAUAUUGUCUUCCAAGCUGAUAUUUUACUCAACGAGCUCGCUUAUGAAGACGUUCGACUCAAAGUGGAAAUCGGGAAAGAUCUGUUGUUUUUACAAAAAGUCCUCCGAGAUGUGUAGCUACAACAUUUAGAAUUGGAGUUAUUGGGAGGGAAGCUGAAGUAUCAAAUAUAGUGGAUAAACUACUCGCUCUUAAGAAUCAAGAAACUCAUGUUGUUUUCCACCCGUAGCAACAAUGGGUAAAACAACUCUGGUGAAGGAGGUUUUCCAUCAUGAUAUGAUAAAGGAAGAAUUUCGAUACAACUAUAUGAGUAUGUGUGUGAUCCUUUUAAAAUCAACAAAAUUUUACGAGCAAUUGUGGGAUUCUUGAAUCCUACAUUUGGUGGCUCACAUGAAAGGGAAGUCAUACUUCAGGAGCUUAAAAGUCUGUUGAGUGUCAAAAAAUAUUUUCUUGUGUUCGAUGGUGUUAGGAAUGAGGAACCCAUUCUAUGGAAUGAGUUGAGGGCUUGGUUGAUAAAGAUUAGUCAAAAUGUUAUUAGUGCUAUAGUUAUGACUACUAGGAGUGAUAAAGUUGCAUAAAUUAUGGAGACAAAUUACAUAAAUCAUUUGAGACAUUUACCAAUUACAGGACCAUCAUUGUUGGUCUUUA